AUGGAGACAACAUCCAUCCCGUCUGCGCAUGCUUUGGCCCUGCGGGAGACGUUGAAUGGCGUACAAGAACUGAAGAAUGCCGAUUCGGAGCUUUCUCUAGACGGCGAUAGUCUUAAUGUCGCUGCAGUCGUUGCAGUAGCCCGUCAUGGGCUUUUACCCAGCAUCAAGGGAUACUCGAAGUCAGAGGAAAACUCCUAUGGCAACCAGCACUUGAACCUCAAGAAGCGACUAAGCCAGAGUAUUCGGGUUCUGGAUCACCACAUAGAAAACGGCUGGGUGGUCUACGGCGUCAACACGGGCUUCGGCGGCAGCGCAGAUUCUCGGACGGAGCAGCUCAAGAAACUUCAGGUCUCCCUGCUUCAACACACCCAAAGCGCCGUCAUUGCUUCAUCUGACCGGGAAGAGUCCCAGAUCGACCAAGAUGGGCAGUCUCACACUAUUCCAAAGGCCUGGGUCAAAGCUGCAAUGGUUAUUCGAGCCAACCAAAACCUACGCGGCCAUAGUGCCGUAAGACUGGAAGUUAUCGAUACUUUGCUUGACCUGCUGCGUCACGACAUCACGCCUCUGGUACCUUUGAGAGGAACAAUUUCGGCGUCAGGAGACCUUAUGCCUUUGUCAUAUAUUGCUGGUACGCUUAUCGGCGACCCAAACAUCUCAGUCACCGUUGGUUCGAGUGGAAAGCAGAAGGCCAGGGUUUGCUCUGCUCAGGACGCUCUCAAUGAAUACGGCAUCAAGCCUAUCGAACUGCAACCAAAGGAGGGACUUGGCCUCAUCAACGGUACGGCCCCUUCUGCUGCCCUGGCAAGCUUGGUAAUUCACGAGGCAAACCAGUUGGCAAUCCUCGCCCAAGCCCUGACUGCUUUCACUUCCGAGUGUCUCGCUGGCAACGUUGAGUGGGCAAAUGCAUUCAUUCACAAGAUUCGACCCCAUGCUGGCCAGAUCGAAGCAGCUCAGAACAUUCGACAGUUCCUGAAAUCUUCCGACUUCGUCAUUGGACUGGAAUCCCGAAAGAGGACGGGAAAAGGCCUCUGGCAAGACCGCUACUCGACCAGAACAGCACCGCAGUGGAUGGGUCCCUAUCUGGAGGAUCUCAUGCUGGCUCAGCGACAAAUCGAGGUAGAACUCAAUUCGACUUCAGAUAAUCCAGUAAUUGACGCCGGGCCUGGUGACGAUCUUUCUGGCGGAGAUGUCUACUCCGGAGGCAACUUCCAAGCGACUGCCAUUACGUCUGCAAUGGACAAGACGAGAACCGCACUUCAAAUGAUUGGUCGUAUGAUCUUCUCCCAGUGCACUGAGCUGAUCAACCCGGCGACAAACAACGGCCUAGAUCCCAAUUUAGUCUUUGGCGAUCCCGACCAGUCUUACACGAUGAAGGGCAUUGACGUCAACAUGAGCGCUUACAUGUCAGAACUGGCUGCUCUUGCUCAUCCCGUGUCUGCCCAUGUUCAGUCAGCUGAGAUGCACAAUCAGGGUAUCAAUUCUCUCGCAUUUCUCACAGGUCGUCGAACUAUGGAGGCGGUGGAUGUCCUGUCACACAUGUGUGCCGCCCACCUCUACGUCUGUUGCCAGGCGAUCGAUCUACGAGCCUACCACGAGCGUUUUCUGAGCUCUGUCUCAUUACCACGACAGCUGGAUAGGACUCCUAUGGGAAUUAACGAUGUCCAGAGGACACAAUUGAUCACUGGCUUAGACGAUCUGGUCAGGAGUUGGUGGUACGAGGCGAACAAGGUCGAUCACCUCCAACGCUGCUCGUUGGUGGCCUCCAGAGCCACGUCACAUAUCUUUAACUUUGUGAGCACGCAAGAAGAACAAGACGCCACAUUAAGUAGCAUUCUCAAUGCUCAGCGCGAGUUCCAACAGAGCAUGGAGGCCUGGCUCCUGGACCCGGCCAACAACCCCAACCUCUCGGUGUCGAACAACAAAACCGUGGCAAACAUGGAUGGAUUAGGACAAGGUUCUUCCAUUCUUUACGACGUUGUCCGUAGAAAGCUGGACGUCGGUUUCCACCAUGGCCUCAAGAAGGAACAAAAGGCCACCAUCGGCACAAACGUAUCCCUGAUUUACGAGGAGAUCCGUCGAGGGUCUGUGGUGCCGUCACUGAUGCCAUGCCUCGGCAAUGACAACUACAAGAACAGCCCGAUGAAAGGGUUGGAUACUCCGACAAGUAGCAAUGAUCCUCAUGAAGUCACUCGAAUGGCAAAUGGAGCGACGAGAAACUUCCAGUAG